ACAGCAUUAUAUAUCGAUAAACUAUUUGUUUGCAAUGAUAAAAGGGGCCACUACGUCAUCGCUAUUUCAUAACCGUAAAGAGCAAGAGGUUGUGAUAUAAGAUUUAAAUCGACCAAGCAACAUUGUCAACACAUUUUAUAGCAUUGGAAGGGCGAGAGGAAAAAUAACGUAGCGAGUACAUCUGGCAGCGUUGCGGGGGAAUGGGGAAUGUCAGACGUUGUUAGGCUAAGCUAGGGGAAACAUCGAGGCCACGGUAGUGCUGCCGCAAGGAGCGCAGACGGCAAUCGAGCGUACUACCGUACAGCACGCCAGCGGAGCAGUGCCAGUCGCGAUCAGUCAUGGCCUCCGCAAAAGAUACGGCUACGUUUUUUCAGCACGGUACUUCGUCGCAGUUCGAGCAAGUUUUAAAGCUUUACCCCCAAGCCUUAAAGCUCAAGUCAGAGCAGAAGACAAAUAAGAAGCCCGAGGAACUAAUCAAACUAGAUAAUUGGUAUCAAAACGAACUGCCGAAGAAAAUCAAGAGUCGAGGCAAGGAGGCCCACAUGAUCCACGAGGAGCUCGUACAGACGAUGAAAUGGAAACAGAUUAGGGGGAAAUUUUAUCCGCAACUUUCGUACCUCGUUAAAGUGAACACGCCGCGCGCAGUAAUCCAGGAAACCAAGAAGGCCUUCAAGAAAUUGCCCAAUCUAGAGCAGGCGAUUACUGCACUGUCGAACCUUAAAGGUGUUGGAACUACGAUGGCAUCAGCUCUACUGGCAGCAGCAUGUCCGGAAAGUGCACCGUUUAUGGCAGACGAAUGUUUAAUGGCGAUACCAGAAAUUGAAGGCAUAGAUUAUACCACCAAGGAGUACCUGAAGUUUGUAAACCACAUUAAAGCCGUAGUAGACAGAUUAAAACGUGAGGAUCACAAAAUGUCGUGGUCGCCCCACAAAGUCGAAUUGGCAAUUUGGACCCAUUACAUAGUGACAAAAUUGAAACCAGAAUUGCUCUCUAGCGUCGGCAUUGAAAAUGGAAACUCGCUCGUCCACUCGAACGGCGAUCUGUUGGACGCGACAACGUCCGAUGAAAGCAAUCAGGGUCCUAUGAACGGCAAGUCGGCGGUCCUCGAUGACGAUACGACCACGUCGUUCACCGAAGACAGCAUGGACAAGCCGAGCUCUCCGAUUAUGGCCAACGACGAGACGAACGACAGUAUCGUGUCGGAUUCGACUAACGAUUCGAAUGAGGGCGACUUAAAGAGAUCGCACGACGACGAUUCAAAUUCAGACGAGAAACCGAGCAAGAAAAGUAGGGGUAAUAUAGGGAAAAAGUGACAAAUGCGAUCUUUAACGAAGCUUUUUUAACUGUAUGAGUAAAAAUAGGUAUCGUCUCGUUUAAUUAAAGUUUUUAUUUCACUUUUGUCCGUUUUUUGGGUGCGCGUCCGUCAUACUAUGUACUUAUUUCGCACGAAAAUGCUGUAUUACAGGGUGUUCAACCGAAUGUUGUGUGUGUUACAAGGUUGUCUUCCCGGAGCUCGAGUCAAACACCUCCCCAGAACUCUUCCAUAUUGCUACUGAUCUUAAACAAAGUCUUCUUUUCUCCCAUUUUUCUCAAAGACCAUCAGGACGUGCGAGUUUACGAACUGCCUGUAAUUGGAAAUCGUGGCACCCAAAAAACCGACCGCGUUAAUUUCAAUUUUUUAUAAUUUCGGAAUGGUUAAUUUUACAAUCCAAUCUCACAACCGUCGCCGUCAAGUUCAUUCUUGUAUUUUGAUAAAUGGGUAUUUUCUUUUCGAUCGGUUUACGAGUAACGGCCACUUUGUACGAAGCAGUAGGCCCUUUACACCUGCAAAAUGUGAAUUUGCCGAUUUGUAUAGGAAAUUUUUUUUAUAUAAGAAUCGCGCGCGAGGGGUGGAUUAUGAGACUGUAAAAAAAAACAAAUCAUACGAGCGUAAUAUUACCGACCACCUGCGAGCGGAACUAUCCUUAGCUAAUUUAGUAUUCUAAUGGAGUGCGUUGCGUCCGAUACGUAACCUAUGGGAGUGAUUCUCGUUCUUGUUUAACUCAUAGGUUUGCUAUCGGAUGCGUUAAACAAUAAAGUGAAUGCUUAUUUAUCAACUUACGUAGUUACCAUUUCGUUUAUCCUCCCAUUUUAUAGGUCUAUAAUUUAAAUUAUUAUUUGUAAAAAAAAUCGUCGUAUUUUCGCAUUGUCAUUGGUUAGUUUUUACGUAGAUUAAUAAUUUAACAAAGAAAAGUUAUUUUGAUACUGUCUUAAAUCGCUAACAUAAUUUUCUUACUGUUGUAGAGUAGUUGAAAAUACAUAUUAAGUAAUUUAUUUCAUUCAUUGUGUUAAUAUUCCUUAGUAGGCAUUCGUUUUAAAAUGCGCUAUGAUGGUACAUUCCACUUAAAUGUUUUUAUGUUUCGUUUUUUUGUCUGAAUUUUUACAUUUGGAGAGGAAUUUAGCAUUUUGUGUUUAUUUCUUGAUAAUACGCUAAACAAAAAAUGGCAUUGCAUUCAUUUGUGUGUGCAACUUCAAGUGUGAACAUUCAAACUUUGAGGUUAUAAAAUUGUGCACGGACGGAGUACAAAAACUUAAUCGACGAUUUUAUAACUUCGAAGGCAGAUGCUCCAUUAUUAUAAAUAUAUUUAUAUAUAGAAAUACAACAAAUAACUGAAUGCCUUUACGAAUAAUAUUGUAGUACGUAUACACUUUUACAAAACAGAUAGUUAGUCACUUUAUUAUUUAACAUAGUGAGGUGUUAAUUUUAAUGCCGCGAUUGUGAAUGUCUCCCGUCGUACAGUUCUUAUUACAAAUAUAUAUAAUUAAAUAAAUGAUUCAUAUUUUUGAUUCCUGCUUCUCUAUUACUACAUGCCGCUUUUUUCGAAUGGAGAUGUUCAUUAUUGCUAAUUAUGUAAUGUAAAAAAUAUCAGUUAGUAGACAAAAUGAGUUUGAGGUUUUUGUAGGAUAUUUUCAUAAAUAUAAAUCUUUCACGGC